CCCGUGAGCACUCGCGCCGACGCCGGUUGGCUCAGCUCUCGGAGCAACGCCUGGGGCGUAUCAUGGCGGCUCGCCGCGCUCAGGCUGUUGGCUCCGAGAAAACCUGGCUUGAGGCUGCCCAGGCCUUCAUCCAAGAGACCCUGUGUCCAACUGGCAAGGAGCCUACUGUCCAGUUCACUCAGUUGGUAAUUGACUGUGUGAAGACGACCUGGUUGUCCCAGGGAAGGCACCAGGGUUUUACACUGCCCCUCAGCUACAGCUUUGUCUCAGUGCAGGACCUCAGGAGCCACCAGCACCUUCCCUGCUGCAGCCACCUGUCCUGGAGCAGUACUGCCUAUCAGGCCUGGGCCCAGGAGGCUGGACUCAGUGGGACCGCCCUCCCCCGAGAGCGGCUGUUACUUUUGGGGACACUAACAGACUUACUGGAGGACUUGGAACAGGAGUGCAGAAAUGGAAGCCUCUAUGUGAAAGAUAACACUGGUAUCCUGGGCUGUGAGCUCAUAGAUCUGGACCUUUCUUGGCUGGGCCAUCUCUUUCUGUUCCCCAGUUGGAGUUACCUUCCUCCUGCCAAGUGGAAUGCCUCAGGAGAAGGGCACCUGGAGCUCUGGGGUGUCCCUGUGCCAGUGGUUCCCCUGACCAUCAGUCCUGGCCCUCCGACCCCUAUUCCUGUUCUCUACCCGGAGGCUGCUUCCCGCCUCCUCAGGCACAGAAGCAAGCUCAGAGUUAUACAGCCAAACCUGGCUGGGAAGCUGGUUCGAUUGAGUGCUCUGGUGAAAAGUAAAAAGAAAGCUUACUUCAUUGCGUCUCUUGGUGAAUUAUCCCCAGCUGCCAGGCUGAGCCAUGUGUCCAUCAUUGUGCAGGUCCCCGCCCAGCUGGUUUGGCACCGAGCCCUUUGGCCUGGCAGGGCCUAUGUGCUGACAGAGCUGCGCGCAUCCAAGAUUCAUGGUCACCGUUACCGUGUUUGGACCACCAACCCCUCCUCUCAUCUGUUGCCGCUGAAACCAGAAUGCGUGCGAGAGCUGGACCUGGACCUGGAGUUGGGCAGAACUCUCUUGGAGGCUGACCCCAAGCCACUCCCCGGGACAAGCAACAUCCAAGACAGGCAGGAGCAAAAGGGUCUUGCCCGGGACUCCAGGCUCCUGUCAUACACGGGCACGGUCACCGGCGUGCUGAAUCAGCCCGCCGGCCUCUAUGAGCUGGAUGGGCAGCUGGGGCUCUGCCUUUCCUACCAGCCGUUCCAUGGCCUCAGGCGGGUGGUGCGACCAGGAGUCUGUCUGGAGCUCCAGGAUGUUCACCUCCUCCAGUCAGUGGGUGGAGGGACAAGAAGGCCAGUGCUAGCCGCUUGUCUCCGCGGUGCUGUUCUCCUUCGGGGCUUCUCUCGUCAGAAGCCUGAGACUCAGUCUUCCCUCCAAGCCUGGGGGGCCUCCCUGUAUGAGCAGCUGGUAUGGGAGCGUCAGUUAGGGCUUCCCCUCUACCUGUGGGCUACCAAGGCCCUGGAGGAGCUGGCCUGCAAGCUGUGCCCCCACGUGCUGCGACACCACCAGUUCCUGCAGUGCUCCUGUUCCGGGAGCCCCAGCCUGGGACUGCAGCUCCUGGCUCCUGCCCUGGACGUUCUGGCUCCCCCGGGCAGCCCCAGUCGGAACGCACACAGGGAGAUCCUUGAAGAGCCACAUUGCUGUCCACUCCAGAAGUACACUCGGCUGCAAACUCCUUGCUCCUUCCCCACUCUGGCCGCCCUGAAAGAGGAAGGGCAGUCCAAGGCCUGGGCUUCCUUUGACCCUAAGACCCUCCUGCCUGUCCCAGAAGUUUCUCACCUGACCAGUUGCCAACUCAAUCAGCGCCUGGCCUGGUCCUGGCUCUGUCUGCUGCCCUCCACCUUCCAUCCAGCCCAGGUUUUACUCGGGGUUCUGGUGGCUUCAUCUCAUAAAGGUUGUCUGCAGCUUCGGGACCAAAGUGGUUCCCUCCCCUGCCUCCUCCUGAAUGAGCACUCGCAGCCCGUCACCGACCCCCGGCUCCUAGGCUGCUUGGUGCGGGCAGAGCGGUUCCAGUUGGUCAUCGAGAGGAAUGUCAGGAGCAGCUUUCCUUCCUGGAAGGAGCUGGGCAUGGAAGGCUUCAUCCAGGAGCAGCGGGCCAGAGUCUAUGUCCAGUUCUUCCUGGCUGAUGCCCUGAUCUGGCCUAUGCCCAGACCUUUCCUUCACUCAGCCUCUUCCUCAGCACCUCAGCCAGAGCCCGCCCUCCCCGAGGGUCCCCUUACAGGACAGAGCCGGCUGUUCUUGCUGUCCCACAAGGAGGCGCUGAUGAAGAGGAACUUUUGUGGCCCCCCAGGAGCCAGUCCAGAGGUGGCCAAGCCCACCCUCAGUUUCCACAUAUCAGGGAGCUGGCUCGGGGGUACCCAGAGGAAGGAGGGAACUGGUUGGGGCCCACCUGAGCACAGGGGAGAUGAGAACAAGGAUCAGAAGGUUCUCCUCAUCUUCAUUGGCCCCUCAGUCCGCUGGUUCGAGUUCUUGCACCCCGGGCACGUGUACCGACUCGUGGCUCCUGGCCCUCCCACACCAGCGUUGUUUGAGGAGGGCGGUGCAUCCUGCAUAUCGCAGCGUCCUCUGGAGUUGGCCGGCUGUACCUCCUGCCUCACUGUCCAGGAUGCAUGGACCCUGGAACUUGAGCGCUCCCGGGACAUCCCAGAUGUGCCGAGUACCAACAAGGCACUGCCUGAAUCCUCGCUGACCGACCUGCUCAGUGACAACUUCACCGAUUCCUUGGUGUCUUUCUCAGCUGAGAUCCUGUCACGGACUCUGUGUGAGCCACUCCCUGCUGCUAUCUGGACAAAACCAGGGAGCGCUGAAGCCAAGAGAGGGUGUGUGAAGAUAACUGUAGCUGUGGAGACUGCUGAUUGUGAAUUCCGCCCGCACUUGGACAUAUAUAUCGAAGGCCCACACUUGCCUCCCCCACUAGGACUCCUUCCAGGAGCCCGGGUCUACUUUAACCAGCUGGAGAAAAGAGUUUCCAGAUCCCACAAUGUUUACUGUUGUUUCCAGUCAUCCACUUACAUGCAGGUCCUGAGCUUCCCCCCGGAAACCACAGUCAGUGUUCCUCUGCCCCACAUCUACCUGGCUAGACUGCUGCAGGGUGGCCAGGCCCCAUUCCAGGCCGUUGCCUCUUGCCAUAUCGUUUCUGUCUUCAGCCUUCAGCUCCGCUGGGUGUGUGCUCACUGUACCAGUGUCUCCAUCCAGGGAAGGUGUACUCAUCAGGGUUCCACUUGCCCCACUCAGACGUCUGUAAGCCAGGCCAGCAUCAGGCUCCUGGUGGAGGAUGGGACUGCUGAAGCUGUGGUGACCUGUCGGAACCAUCAUGUGGCAGCAGCACUAGGGCUGUGUCCUAGUGAGUGGACCUCCCUCCUCGAGCUUGUCAGAGGGCCAGGGAAAGUGGCCUUGCAGUUUAUAGGGCCUGGAGCCCAACCUGAGUCCUCAGCCAAGACUGAUGAGCCCUUGACCCUCUUCCUCCGGACACUUUGUACCAGCCUCUCUGUCCUCCGCCCUAUUGUACUUUCUUUUGAGCUUGAGAGGAAACCCUCCAAGAUCAUCCCUUUAGAACCUCCUAGGCUACAGCAGUUCCAGUGUGGGAAGCUCCCUCUUCUGACUCAUGUGAAUCCCAGGAUCCAGUUGUCAUGUCUGUCUAUCCAGGAGCCUGAGCACUCCAGCUCCCUGGGGGCCUUUGCUUCCUCCUGCACCGGAACUGCAACAAUGGCCUGAAAGGUCUUCCUGCCCUGCUGGAGCACUGAGGCCUGGGCCCCUGCUUCUCCCACUCGUUGUGGCCCUUACCUUCUUGGUGAUUGAACUAGGACUCCAGAUCCCUGUAUUCACUAACUGCUACCCUACUGUAAUUUUUCCUCCAUAUUCUUUCUUGUGCCAGCCUGCCUUGGGGAGAUAGGGGAAAUAGGCAACUCAUGGCACUGUUGAUAUUUCCUCUCUGGUUGGGCUAAAGCCACCUGCACUCAUUGGCCCUGAGCACCUGGGUUCUGUCUUUGUGGCAGGGGCUAGAGGAACAAGACACUUGCCCCUUGUGGGGGUACUUGUGACAGGCCCCUUGGCCUGCAAUAAAGCUCUAGUGAUGUUU